CGGCGGGUCGCGGGGGGACGGGGCCGCCGGCGGUGUGACCGAGCGGCACGCUGACACGCCGGUCGUCGGGGGUCUUCUCGUUGUGCAGACAUGGCGGCCGCUGUCACGGGGCUGCGCGCCUCCUACCACCGCCUGCUCGACCGCAUCGAGCUGAUGCUGCCGCCGCGGUUCCGGCCUUUCUACAACCACCCGGCCGGUCCCAAAACAGUCUUCUUCUGGGCACCUAUUAUGAAAUGGGGUUUGGUAUGCGCUGGAAUGGCUGAUAUGACCAGACCAGCAGAAAAGCUCAGCACAGCACAGUCUGCAGUGUUAAUGGCUACAGGCCUUAUUUGGUCAAGGUACUCUCUAGUUAUUAUUCCUAAAAACUGGAGCCUGUUUGCGGUGAACUUCUUUGUUGGCUGUGCUGGUGGUUCCCAACUCUUCCGAAUAUGGAGGUACAAUCAGGAGCUGAAAGCAAAACAACAAGAGCAACUACUGCAAAAAGAUGCCUAACUCCAUAGGUCAAGUCCAGCAACGCACAAACCCUUCCCCACGGGACCUAGCUUCACUAAUUUUAAUAUUUUUGUUCUCUCAGAAACUGAAAAGGAAAUCUGAAAGUCUAGAGAACAUGCAUUUUCUAAGUGCAAAUAACAAAGUAUCUCCAUACAUUUAAAUAAAAUGUGACCUUUUAAAUUUAAGUAAAAUUGUAUGUCUUAUGUCAGAGAACUUACAUUGUCUCUUUAAAAGAAGCUGAUUGUGGAUUAUGCCUUGAAUUACUUGUUGGGCCUUACCUUACCUGACUGCUGAACAGAGCCUGGUGUGACAUGGUAUUGAGACUGUUAGCCAGAAUCCCAGACAGAAAAAUACUUCCAUGUCACAGUGACACCUGUGUGGGGUUUUCACCCUACUUUAAAAUUGUUCCUUUUUUUUUCCUUCCAGUUUCUGCCAUCCUCCACAACUCAGGCUGAAAAUGCACACAUUUAGGUAUCUGGUUCUUGGGAAUGUGAAAAAUAAACAGCCAAAACAUCUGUUACUCACUUCUCACACCCUCCUUAAGUAUGUACAGAUUUUCUGUGAAGCUGUGCACUCAGGGAACUGACGUACGAUAUGUCAGUUCUCCAAAGCUUUGGAGGAGGUGGUCUGCUGCCGUCUGUGGCAUGUUAUGAAUGAAACCUUUGAAAGCCAACCUCUCUCCCUACUUAAUUUCCUGUAAAAGAAAAAAGUAACACUGUGAAACAGCUUCAGAGCAAAAGCUGUACGUUACAUUGCAGAAGUCCAUCUGUAUCAGGCAAUUGUGCUCAGAGCAUGGCAUCCAUCAGCUUCCCCUGGCAUGCUGUCAGAGACUCUUUCCUCCAAAGCUAUGAGCCUGUAGCCAGGGGAAAAAAAGAGAACUAAGUCAGAGCAGCUCCUUCUGUAUUCAGCUCUCAGUAAUAUGAAUGCCUUGAAUGAUGAAAUUGACAAUGGCUUCUUAUUCUCUCCUCUGCCGUACUUUGCCCAAUCCAAGUUGAGGUACCACUCCCACACGGCAAGGGUGGAGACAGGAGGAAACUGUCUGUAUUUAACAACAGCUGCAGCACCUUGCUGUGGCACUGAAAUCCUUGCGUUUCUCACCCCGUGUAAACUAUCUAGCAAAAAGUAUUAAUGCAGGACAGCAUUUUCUCUCCUUACAAGACACGUGCCUGAUAAAGCAUCAGAUACCCUUCUCCAGAGUCUGUCCUGCCUCUGAAAGCUGUCUGUCUCCCAGUUGGAUUCUGCUGGAGAUGUGUGCUGUAACCUCAAGCAUUUUCUCUUGCAUACCUUAGUUAUUCUAACUCAGUUCAUGUAGGCUAUCACCUCAAACAGUGAACUCUCCAGCUGUGUGUGUUUGCUGAGCUGACAGAAUGUCGGAUGACUGAAAAAUAUUGCCAGAAAGAGAGAUGGUAUAUUUCAGUCCCCCUCCCUUCCCAUUUCACGACGAGACUCAUCCAACAAACCAGAAUUGGGGGGUGGAGGAAAUAAGUGUAUUAAAAUAUUCACAAGAUUACAACAGAAAACGUGAAAGUCCAUUCAAGAAAAAAUAUCCAGGAUAACUUUCCAGAUGAGUCUGUAAAAGGAAAAGCACUAACCGUUGAUACACAGGAUCUUCACAUAGUCAGGCCAUGCAAUGCAUAUCUAGCUCCCUCACACAGAUUAUACACCUGUCUUACAGGUGUUUGUUCUCCCACAUACCUCCAAGAUGGAGGUUUAUGAAAAGUAUCCAGUCUAUAUUCCCAAUUAUAUUUACCACAUAAAAAGAGCUGCCAUUGUAGGGAGACAGAAAAGACUGCACAGCAGACUGAUUUCAAGAGGCAUUGAACGUGCAUUUUAGAGUGCAAAAACACCUUUAAAUGGAAGGAUUUAGUAGCCUUAGGGCAGUGAAGAGCAGGGAAAGAGAAGCCUCAGAAAAGUACAAGUCCUGAGCAUCAUUAUAUGACUUUGUAGUUUGUUACCUAAAUAUUAGCACCACAGGCCAAUGGCCACUGCCCAGAAGUCUUACCCACCUUUUCAGCUUUG